UGCCAGACGAACUCUGUCGGACGCAUCACACGAUCGUACGUCACUGACCGCCGUUACGCGUGGACUCGCAAUGUUUUCGCCCACGCCGUCGCCCAUUUCCAGGACCGUACAAUACAGAAAGGUGACGAAACCGUUGCUAGAAAGAAAACGCCGAGCCCGGAUCAAUCGAUGCUUGGACGAAUUGAAAGACCUGAUGUUCACCGCGUUGGAGGCCGAAGGCGAAAACGUGGACAAACUGGAGAAGGCAGACAUUUUGGAAUUCACCGUUAAACACUUACAAAAGAUCACCCGGAGGGAUCCCGUCGAAGAAGCGUACAAGUUUCAAGAAGGUUUCAGUCAUUGUGCCAGCGAAGCUUGCAGUUUCCUGUUGUCGCUGCCCGGCCUGGACUCUGUGGUCGGCCGACGGCUUGUCGAAUACUUGGCCAAGUCAGUUUCCCGAGCCCUCGAAUCCCAGAUACCGUCGACCGUUGCAGGCAAAUCUCCUGUAGCCGGCCUGCCCGCCCUAGGCUCACCCGCCAUCUCCGCCGUCGCCCUGGCGGCCGUGGAAACUCCCGGCAGCCGAGGGUCCUCUCCUGCCGGCCCUUCGCCACCACCCACAUCGCUGCCGCCGCAGCCGUCCAUUUUGCAGCCGGCCCCUCGCAUGGGCAGCCUGUCUCCACCGGCGGUCGCACUCUCCCCCAAGCCCGUCGCCCUGUCCGCGUCCAACCGAAGCCACAUGGUGAUCAGGCCGAAGCCCACCAGGCCGUUCGCUCCGCACGACAUCCAACAGGCCAUGCAGCGCGACCCAAUGUGGCGGCCUUGGUGAUGGAAUUCCCAUAGCUAUAAAAUAUAAUGUUUUGUUUUUGUCCGAAUUAUUAACUGUUAUCGAUAUUUUUGUACUUACCAAAAUCCGACCCAACAUAUUAUUUUGUAUAUAAUUUUUAUGCGAUUAUUUUUGUAUGUUAAGUUUAUAUAAGUAUAUAUUAUUUUUGAUUUUAGUCUAUCUACGUAUAUUUUUUUGUCCGAGCACUAUAUAAUAUGCACAGUCCAAGUCUAUUUACACGGUAUUAUGCUCUAAGACGCUGGGGGCAUCGUAUCUUUAUUGUAGUAUUAGUUUUUUUAAAUUUAUUUACAUUUUAAAUUCACUAUUUAUAAAUAUAUAUGUACUUGUUUUUAAUAAAAAAAAAAUAAUAACAAUAAUAGACGGCCGCUGU